AUGGGUAGGCCAAAAGCGUCUGAAGCUGAUCCGCUCCGUAAAUCUAAACGCGGUCGACCGAGCAAGCAUAGGCGUGAGGACUAUGUCAUCCACACUGGGUUUGACGGACAUGCUAAUGCACCAUGGCGUAAGACCGUGUCUAUAUUCAAGCAACCGGUGACAUUAGUACAUACUUCUGGUCGUGAUACAAAGAAGGCAACUGACCAACAACUCAAAAAUGGCCUCCUAAGCUCGAGACCUCAAGAGAAACCUGCUCCUGUGAUGUGGGCCAAGGCGUUGGAGAAUGUGCAGGCAUUGAUACCUACCGCGGUUGCUGAUAAGCCGAUUACCGUUCAACCGGAAGAUAUUGCAGCACAGGAGAGGCGUGUGCUUGAUGCAAGGAAAAGACUUCAGGAAGUGAUCAAGCAUUUUGGAUAA